CAGUCUGUGAAACUGAAACCGUGUAUUCCUGUGUUGGCAAUAGUGACGGUGAUCUAUUCAUUCAGAGAGUCCAGUGACAAGUGUUCAUGCCAUGUAUUUGUAAACAAAAAUACCGAUAACCUGACAUUCCAACGGGGAUUAAAAAUGGAAGAGACAGAAUGUAUAGACGUUAAUACACCAGGAAGGACCAAAAAUGAAAAAAAUUGCACAAAAAACGAAAGUCCUGCCUCAAUUGUGGUUGAAAUAGCUCCAAAAGCUGCAACAAUAACCCAACAAAUGAAUGAAAUGGUUCUAGAUCCAGAGGAAAUGCAGCUGGAAGUGCAUGAACCGAACGAAAAAUUAGAAAAAAACGAGGAAAAAAUUGUUCUAGAAAAUGAAACAAUGAAUUCAACCACAAAAACUCCAGAUGAGUCUGGUAACCUCAAAUAUAAUUGGAGUAUUCUCCCAAAAUUGUUGACUUCAGCCACUGAGGAGUAUGAAUCCAAUGAAAAAUGUGAAAACUUCACGAAAGGGUGCCUCUGGUCGCCGGAUGGCACGUGCCUCCUGGUGUCUGCUGACGACUUCAGAUUGCGGGUUUAUGAACUCCCGAGGGUCUUGUAUCCUGGGAAGCUUCCAGAGGACCCACUACCUCCUCUGCUGCCUGCUUUCGGCAUCAAGGAGGGUGGGGUUGUUUACGAUUGCUCGUGGUACCCUUUAAUGAAAUCCUGGGAGCCAGACACCUGCUGUUUUAUCAGCACCAGCAAGGAGACCCCUGUUCAUCUGUGGGAUGCCUUCACUGGACAGUUGAGAGCUACUUAUAGAGCUUACAAUCAAGUUGACGAAGUGGAGGCAGCGAUAAGUGUCCAAUUUUCUGAUCAGGGUCAGACGGUUUGGGCGGGUUUCAAAGGUGCCCUGAGAUCAUUCGACACUAAUCGCCCUGGUCGACAAACAAAAGAUAUUUUCCUGAAGCACGAUUUUCCAAAUGUCACAGGGAUCGUCUCCUGCAUUCGAGAGAAUCCCAUGAUGCCUGGGCUCCUCGCAUUUGGAACAUACUCCAAGUGCAUAGGAUUAUACAGCAAUGGGCCUCUUUGCUCAUUCAGAGCAAGCAGUGGCGUCACGCAAGUUGAAUUCAGUCCCUGUGGGACGAAACUGUAUGCAGCACUUCGUCGUAACAAUGAAUUUGUCUGUUGGGAUCUGAGAAAUCCUGGAAUUAUUCUAUAUUCCUUAGAGGGACGACAAUCUAACACAAACCAAAGAAUUCAAUUCUCUAUUUCAUGUGAUGGCAAUGAAAUUAUUUCAGGUGGAACUGAUGGAAUCGCCACAAUCUGGCGACCUCCAGAAAACGGCUCCAGCGAAAUCCAACCCUGUUGGAAGAUCCCCAUAUCUAACGAUUGUGUGAAUGGAGUUAAUAUGCAUAGAUUCCUGCCAAUAUUGGCAACAAGUUCUGGACAAAGAUUAUGCGAUGAAGAUGAUGUACCCCGAGACAAUAGCGUUAGGUUGUGGUAUUGUGGGUCUGAGAGACAGAAGUAAUGGGAAUGACAAUGAUAUCAUUUGCAAUCGAUGUAAUUAUGAAAUUAUCUUAAUUUUUUUAAGAACAAAUAAAACUUUACAAUUCAACAACUAAUAAAUUCAAUUUUUUGGAAAAAUUAGGUCCAAUUAACAAGAAAUUGUAAAUAAAUUAUACUCCAAUUUA